AUGAGGAAUAUCAUCUACCGCUACGUGCUAGUGGAACAGAGCGCGAUUCGGUGCACAGCCAACACCGAACUUCCCACCGAACCGGGCUUGCUGCGCACAUGUCGAGAAAUCCGCCAUGAAGCCUCCGACAUCUACUUCAAGGAGGACUUUUUCCUUGUCCACAUGGAAAACUAUGAAGCUGGACAGCUCAUUCGGUGGAGCCUAAAGUCAAGACGGCACCUCAGAGCCCACCUUAAGUUCCGCUUCCAUGGGCUCAACGCAGGCUCGUGGUCCAAUCUUUUAGUAUGGUUAGAGGCGUACAACAAGGGCGAAGCCCCCGGCAUGGCGCUGCGAGAGCAUCGAUCUACGCAUGUCACGGCCGUGCGAAUGUUCGAGAUCGUCAGGAAGCAGACGGAGAAGAAUGUGCCGUGGGUAGAGAUUGCGAGUAUUUUGGAAGACAUCAAGGUGGCUCUUGGGGCUUCUGGUGUUGCCUGGAUCUGA